UUUGAGGGUUGCAAGAAAGCCUUUUCCAGACUAGAAAAUCUGAAGAUUCACUUAAGGAGCCAUACAGGUGAAAAGCCUUACCUUUGUCAGCACCCUGGCUGCCAGAAAGCAUUCAGCAACAGCAGCGACCGCGCCAAGCACCAGAGGACACACUUGGACACUAAACCGUAUGCAUGUCAGAUUCCAGGAUGCACUAAACGUUACACAGAUCCAAGUUCCCUGAGAAAGCAUGUGAAAGCACAUUCCUCCAAAGACCUACAAGUCAGGAAAAAGUUGAGAUCAAGCUUGGACAUUGGCCAGGACAUCCUGAAUGACUGCCCUGCAAUCCAGCCCCUCCAGCCAGCCCCGUCACCAAAUGAUGCUGCAGACAAUACCAUGAGAUGCUCCGCAGAGCCUGCUCACAAUAUUUACCCAGCAACUGUGUUCUCCAGCACACAGACAAGUCAAAGUGGAACAGCAGCAGGGACAGUGUCCUCAUCCCACCCCAGCAGCCACCCCUCCUCAGGACGUAAUGUACAGGAUAGUCCUCUGCAUCUUCCCCCCCAGUUACCUCUUCUGUCAGCUGUGGACUUGGAGAGGUCUGUUGCUCCAGCACCUUCUCCUCACCACAUCAGCGCCCAGAGAAUGUCAGUUCCACAUCCCAUGAUGCAGAGACAGACUCCACAACCUACACACCUUCAACAGCCUGCAGAAAUGCCUCUAAAGAUGUACCAGCCAACAGCAAACCCUUCUUGUCAACCAAAUAGUCUCCACAUCCAAGGUAAGAAGGAAGAAUCUUCAUCACUCAUGUUACUUGUUUCUCACUGA